UGGAAGUUAAUCCGGCCGUGGGGAGAGGUGACUGGUAGGCUGCAUCAUUACAAACUCCUGCCUACACUUUCUCAGAGAUACUCCACCUCAGAGGCGUGCAGUCUUUCUCCGCAGCCUGGGGACUCAGUCCGGCCAGAGAGGACUACACACGAGAGAAGAGGGUUUCAAAAAUAAAGUAGAGACCGCAAUGGAGACAAGCUGAACCGCAGAGGAAAGAGGACGGUCGCUUAACUUGCCCGUGUUAUUUUACCGAUAUGCGGGAGAAACGCACGACAGUUUAGCUUGCAACGCUCCGAGGCGGCAGUGACUUAACUACAUCAGAAACGUUGACGGCCAACGGUCGGAACUACCUGAAUACCUGCAGUGUUUCGCACUAACGCUAGCCUCGUCUCGGUGCAAACGGCGGUGACAUUGAGAGACCGGGGAGACACUGAGAGACAGACAGGGGGGCAGUAGCAAAGGGACGGGAGACAGGAGAAAGUUUCUCAAGCUUGGCGCAGACACAGCGGUUAAACAAUGUGGCUGACCCCGACCAAGUCCCUUUCAUCGGCAGCCCUGCUAAUCCUGCUGGUUGUCCACUGGUCCGACAGCAUUUCAUUGUCGCCUCAAGAGGCGAACCAGUUCCUGAGCAGACGCAGGAGAGCUAAUCAAGUUUUCGAGGAGACGAAGCAGGGACACUUGGAGAGGGAGUGUGUGGAGGAAAGGUGCACCAAAGAGGAGGCCAGAGAAGUGUUUGAAAACGACCCGGAGACUGACUACUUUUAUCCCAAGUAUUUAGCCUGUAUGGACAAGUUUGGAGACUCUGAAAAGAAGAAACAGGAUCUGGUCACAUGUGUCCACAAUAUUCCAGACCAGUGCUCUCCUUCUCCCUGUAAUGCCAGAGGUACGGUGCGCUGCGAGGACAAAAAAGGCGACUUCCUGUGUCACUGUUUUACAGGCUGGACAGGAGCCAGAUGUGAGAAAGAUGUCGACGAGUGCAGCAAGAGAAACGGAGGGUGUGAACAUGAGUGCAACAACACUAUGGGUAGUUACCGCUGCUCCUGUCACCAAGGCUACAUGUUGGUGGGACACCAGAUGUGUAAUGAUGUGGAUGAGUGUGAGGACACAGAUGUGUGUGGAACAGCACGGUGUGAGAAUAAGGAUGGCAGCUAUGAUUGCUUGUGUGAUAUCGGCUAUGUCUACGACAAUGAAACCAAGAGCUGUGUUGAUGUGGAUGAGUGUUUGGCAGGUGUGUGUGCAGAGGAGUGUCUCAACACUCCAGGGAGUUUCCGUUGCUUCUGUGAUGGCCGUCAUGGCAUGAAGCUGGGCCAGGACCUCAGGAGCUGUAAGCCGAUAACUCCCUGUUUGUCGCAGUCUCUGAAGAGGAACUCUCGUUCUCUUUACCUGGGGCGCAUGUUCAGCGGUGUUCCAGUGGUGAGGCUGCGUUUCCGCAGGAGGAUUCAAACUGGGUUUUCAGCAGAAUUUGACUUCCGCACCUACGAUCCUGAGGGGGUUAUCUUCUUUGCUGGAGGUCACCUAAACAGCUCCUGGAUUGUGCUGGCAAUGCAUCAUGGAAAGCUGGAGCUGCAGCUGAAGUACGGCACAGUCAGCAGGGUCACCAGUAGCGGACCCAUCGUCAGUGACGGCCAGUGGAGAAAGAUCUCGGUGGAGGAGCAGGGCCGGAGUCUGGUGAUUAAGAUUGACAGGGAGGCAGUCAUGAAGAUUGCAGUAAAUGGUGAUCUGUUUACACUAAAGAAAGGCAUGCAUGAACUCAACCUCACUGUGGGAGGAGUCCCUUUCAGAGAAGACGGCCUCAUCAAUCAGGUGAACCCUCGUCUGGACGGCUGUAUGAAGGAGUGGCGGUGGCUGACGGGUGAAGACACCUCGAUACAAGAAACCAUUCGGUCCAAUGACAACAUGCAGUGUUUCAGCACAGAGGUUCCUGGAGCAUAUUACCCCGGCACAGGCUUCGCUCUCUUCAACAUCAGCUAUGAAUCACAGAACCUGAGCAUCCAGUUGACCCUGCGUCCAACUUCUGCUAUUGGAGUGCUGUUUGUACUUGUUCACCAGGACAGAGUCCCUUUCUCCAUCACUCUGGCCGACUAUCAUCCUGGCACUGAUGAAUGGCGAGAUUUUGUUCUGGUAUCUGCAGGUGAUGCCAUCAUUGCCAGCUCUCCCGCUCCACUCUGUGAUGGUGAGAGUCAUGAAAUCCAGGUGACAGUCUCAGGCAACCAGACCCUGCUGCUGGUCGAUGGCCAGUCUGGACGAAGUGAAAACAUCGAAAUUCCCACUGACCUCCUGUCUCAAUCCAGCACAUUCAUAGGAGGCCUCCCUGAAGAUGUUCCUCUGGUGUCCACACCGGUGUCAGCGCCCUACAGCGGCUGUAUGGAGGUCAGUGUAAAUGGACAGUCGCUGGACUUGGACCAGGCCAUCCAUAAACACAACGACAUCCGCUCACACUCCUGCCCGCUGCUGGACUCUCACCAGUGACCAGCAUGUCAGUCUUCCAAAACCGAUCCGUAAGCAGUUGAUUGAGGCAAUGGGGAUGAUUUCCAGUAUAUUUAUAAAAGCUUUGACCAGUGGGGAGAUGUUUUAGAUUGGAAUGUAAAAUAAAAAUAAAAAAUAAAAAA